AUGUGGCAUGGCCGCGCCACUGCUGGUGGCGGAAGCCGACGACGUCGCCGUACUAGAAGAACUAGACAUGGUGCAACGGAAGAGGAUGUGACUGUUGAAUGUGACGAUAAACGUGUCAAGAAUCCUCGAACGAAGCGGAAAAGAGGACGUGCGGUGAGCGCUAGUGUUGCAGCUGCACUAGCUAAUUUCGUCGAGGAUGUCAAAACCUUAGGAUUGGCAGGAAUGCGGAAAGAAUUCGAAGAAUUGCGUUCUUUCUCACCGUCAAAUAACGAACAAACAGCAUUCAAAGCAAAUCCAAAGAAUAACCGAUAUUUGGAUGUACCAUGUCUCGAUGCA